UUAUUAUUGAAAGGAGAGUAAGCAGAGAAAGAGAUUUUGGAGUGUGAAAAAACAAACCCUUUUGUCUAAAAUCUGUCUGAAAAUCUCAUUCACAUCUCUGCUUUUUCAUUCUCUUUGAGGGAAAGAUUUUCAAAGAGUAUCAACCCACACUCACCUGUUCCUUCUCCCUGUUAUACUCUAAUCUGAUGUUUACCCAAUAAGAACCAGCACCCCUCUUUUGUAUUUCUUCCACCAUUUUUCAUGCCUGUUUCAUGUUUUUUCCAUGCCUUCUGAGCAAAUCUUCUGCUUCAUUUGCGUGCUGUGGAGCUUCAUAUAGGUUCAACCCCUAUGAAUAGAUUUACUAGAGUAGGACAAAUGGAAAUUGCUAUGCUAUGCUACCAUGACAUAUAGUUCCUAUGCAGGAAAAUGAGCUGGUCUGGAGGAGAUUGGAUGUGUGGUGUUUGCCAGCAUAUAAAUUUCAAAAAGAGGGAAGCAUGCCAGAGCUGUGGAUACCCCAAGUAUGGGGAACCUGACCCUUCAACCUACAGAUACAACAGGACCGAAGCUUUGGCAGGGGACUGGUUCUGCAACUGUGGAGGUCACAACUAUGCCAGUAGAUCAAGGUGCUAUAAAUGUGGUGCAGUAAAAGAUCAUUACUUUUCAGUAUAUGGCACCAACUCUGGAGAAUAUGGAUCUGACACUCUCCCCCCAGGAUGGAAGACUGGAGACUGGCUUUGCCCAAGAAUAGGGUGUGGAGGGCAUAAUUAUGCUAGCAGAGAAGAAUGCUUUAAAUGCCAAAUGCCUAGGGAUUUUGGUGAGGGACUCUAACUUUUGACUAGAAGAAGAAAUUUCAGAUGAACUUUCUUCUUCAAACGACAUUCAUUCUAUGAUAAAUCAUGGAUCAAGGCCCUCUGGAAUAGUCAUAGAAUUGCUUUUUCAUUAGGAUGAAAUAAGGAUGUUAUGUCAUAUUGCUUCUAAUUACUAGUUGUUGUUACAGGUAGUUUUGAAAACCAUAUUCAAGUCAUAGUCAGACCUUAGUCAUCUUUUUAUUUUAUUUCCCAGAGAUUUCUGUCUUUAGACGUUAUGGCAGAGAACUAAUAGAAAAGUAAUUAAU